AUGGCAGAGACCAACAGUACAAAUAACCAACUGCUAUUCAUCUACAAUCAAGCCUACAGGGUGGACUUUGACGCUGUCACUGGAAUUAAAAUUGCAGUUGUGAUGCUACUUUGUUCAUUUUUCAUUUAUAUAAACUGCAUCAUGCUUUUUGCUCUAAAGAGCAAGACUGCCUUUUAUGAGACACCCCGCUACAUUCUGUUUGCUCACAUGCUUCUCAGCGACUCCAUCCUCCUGUUAACCACUACUGCAAUGUAUGCCAUGUCUCUUGCUCUUGUCAGUGUAGCCAAAGGCAUCUGUUCACUGUUAGUCCUCAUCUCCAAUUGCACAAAUGGGAUCACCCCUCUCACCCUGGCUGUGAUGUCACUGGAGCGCUACAUGGCUAUCUGCUUCCCACUGAGGCACAGCAGUAUUGCCACACAGAGAAACACAGGCAUUGCCCUAGGAGUCAUUUGGUUCCUCAGCUCAGUGAACAUAAUGUCAGACUUGCUAUAUGAGCUCAUCACUGAUCCCAACCAUUUAUUUAAGAUCACUUUUUGCACAAGACAGAAACUUUUUGUGAACAACUGGCAAGUCGAUAAGGCUCAAGUAUUUGAUGUCCUUUAUUUUGUCUCAGUGGCACUGAUCAUUAUUUUCACUUACAUCAGCAUUAUAAUCACAGCCAGGUCUGUUUCUAACAAUAAAGGAUCUGCUAAGAAAGCUUACAAGACUGUCCUUCUGCAUUUCGUUCAGCUGGGUCUGUGCGUCACCUCUUUUCUCUUUGCUACCAUAGAGAAAAUGCUUUAUUUGAUGACUGGAAGUGGUAACUCUUUGUUUAUACAUUUACGUUACCUGAACUUCCUUAUCGUCCUGAUCCUACCACGCUGCUUGAGCCCUCUCAUAUAUGGGCUGAGAGAUGAAGCUGUACGACCCCUAUUCCAAUAUUAUUUCUGCUAUAUUUCAAAGAAAGUUAAACCUGCAGUUGAGGUACAUUGA